GAGCAACCUAAGAUGUUGAUUCCUGGACGGAAGAUUAGUUUGAAGAUUGCAUUUUUGCCCCGUCUCAGGAGGACGCAAAUGGCAGAAAAGAGAAGGCUGCAGUGUCCUAAGGUGGGGGGUACCAGUUAUCCCUCUUCCUCAUCUUCGUUUUUGGGAGAAUGGACUGGAAAGUUCCUUGUACCUUUGUUUGAAUGGGCUGGUGGAGAUGGGAUCGUCCAUCAACUUUCGCCUCCAAGGUUUAUGAAACCUUUAGCUGAAGAUUACAGUGCGUAUUUUGUCUUUGAAGUUGAUUGACAGCUGCAUGCCAGAAACCCCCAUUCUCCUCUUCAAAGACAACAUAUGAUGGAUUGCGAUCUUUCAGCUCAGCAGGACACAGGGACCAUGCAAGCUGUAAUUGGUCAGGAUCCAAUGAUAGCUGGACAAGUCAGUAAACCCUCGCUGUCACUGCGUAGUGAAAUGAAUGCAGAGUUGAGAGGUGAGGACAGCGCAGCUACUUCAGACAACGAACUCAAUGAGCCCCUGCUUGCAACCGUGGAAUCAAAUGACAGCGAGGACAUUCCCAGCAAGCUCUUCGGGGCCAGAGGAAACCCAGCACAAACCGAUCCAGGCACGGCAGACCAGCCGUCUCAUUCAGGAUUCCCUGUCGGACCUCAGUCACUGCUGACAGCACAACAGUUGGCCUCUGCAGUUGCUGGGGUGAUGCCAGGAGGCACACCAACGCUCAACCAACCUAUUCUUAUUCCUUUCAACAUGGCCGGACAGUUGGGUGGUCAACAAGGACUGGUCCUCACCCUGCCCACCGCCAAUCUCACCAACAUCCAAGGGCUGGUAGCAGCAGCUGCAGCAGGAGGCAUUAUGACGUUGCCAUUACAAAAUCUACAAGCUACCUCAUCCCUGAAUUCCCAGCUUCAGCAUCUCCAACAGCUCCAGCAGCAGCCGGGGCCACAACAGCCCCCCAGCAGCCAGCACGCCCAGACGGCCCAGACGGCCCAAACCCUGCCACCGCCCCCACCCCAGCCUCAGUCACAGCAGCCGCCGACUCCAAACCAGUCCCAGAGCCAAAGUCAGCCCCCUCCAGCCCAGCAGCCAUCGAGUUCCCCGCAGAAACCCAACCAAUCACCGGGACACAGACUUCCGUCUCCUCUGACUCCACCCAACCCACUUCAGCUGGUUAAUAAUCCACUAGCAAGUCAGGCAGCAGCGGCUGCAGCAGCCUUGGGCUCAAUAGCAAGCUCACAGGCCUUUGGCAAUGCACUCUCCAGUCUUCAGGGGGUCACAGGUCAACUAGUUACUAAUGCACAAGGACAGAUUAUUGGAACAAUUCCGCUGAUGCCUAAUCCAGUGCCAUCCAACCAAGCUGGAGGAGCUCAGGGCCUUCAGGUUCAGCCAAUCACGCCACAGUUACUGACCAAUGCCCAGGGCCAGAUCAUUGCUACUGUCAUCGGGAAUCAAAUUUUGCCAGUGAUCAACACCCAGGGAAUAACACUCUCCCCACUCAAACCGGGCCAACAGCUUCACCAGCCUUCCCAGACGCCAGUGGGUCAAGGGGCCCAAGCCAACCUUCUGCAUUUGGCUCACAGUCAAGCAUCUAUGUCUCAAAGCCCCGUUCGUCAAGCUUCCUCUUCUUCCUCCUCAUCCUCCUCCUCUUCAGCUUUGAGUGUUGGCCAAUUAGUCAGCAAUCCUCAGACAGCCGCCAGCGAGGUGGACGGGGUGAAUCUUGAGGAAAUCCGGGAAUUUGCCAAAGCUUUUAAAAUCCGACGCCUGUCUCUCGGUUUGACCCAAACUCAAGUAGGCCAGGCCUUGAGCGCUACGGAGGGCCCAGCCUAUAGCCAGUCUGCCAUCUGCAGACACACCAUCCUGAGAAGCCACUUUUUCCUACCACAGGAAGCCCAAGAGAACACUAUAGCUAGCAGUCUGACAGCCAAACUGAACCCCGGCCUUUUGUAUCCUGCCAGGUUUGAAAAGCUGGACAUCACCCCUAAAAGUGCCCAGAAGAUUAAGCCGGUGCUUGAGCGGUGGAUGGCUGAGGCUGAGGCCCGCCAUCGAGCAGGUAUGCAGAACCUGACAGAAUUUAUCGGCAGUGAACCGUCCAAAAAGCGCAAGAGGCGCACCUCUUUCACUCCGCAGGCCCUUGAGAUCUUGAAUGCCCAUUUUGAGAAGAACACCCACCCCUCUGGGCAGGAAAUGACAGAAAUUGCGGAGAAGCUGAACUAUGACCGGGAAGUAGUUAGAGUUUGGUUCUGCAACAAGAGGCAAGCACUGAAGAACACCAUUAAACGCUUAAAACAGCAUGAGCCCACUGCAGCUGUCCCCAUGGAGCCCCUCACAGACUCUCUGGAAGACAACUCUUAAAGACACCCACCCAACACCCUCUCACCCACCGACCCCCAACACACACUCUGCCCCUGACAGAGAUAACAAGUGAACAAAACUUUAUCCUUGGGACUCUUGAACAAAGCCCCACUCAACACCCUUGUAAGUAAAAGACUAAGGAAACUACAAGAUGGACACAGCAGUUUAGAAAUGUCCAUUGGUUUUCCACAAAAAAAGUUGAAAAGUACAAAAAAAAGAGUAAGAACACACCACAUUUAGCAUGUGUGUGUGCGCGCGUCUGUGGUAGAAUUAGUUCCCCUCUGAAAAGCCAGUUUUUUAAUGGACUUAAAGCAAACCAAAUAACUGCUUACUUUUUUCUGUAUAUUAAGAAAGUGUGAACACAUUUUAAGGAAAAAAAAAACACAAAAAAACUUUUAUCU